AUGCAGCAAAAUACCGACCAGCUACACAGGAUGGACCCCAAGCUAAACGAAAUUGAUACCGCGGAGCUCUCAUUAAAACGGUUGCAAGAAGAGGUCGCCAAGGCAAUUUCAGAUGUCGCGGCUGUGAAGGUGGCUCUGGAAACAAUCCAGCAGGCCAACACCACAGCCCAACUCACGCAGGCAGUUACGGAGCAGGGGCAGAACCUGAAGGCCCUUUCCUCCCAGCUGGAGGAGGUGCGCAAGUCAGGCAAGGAAGCAGUGGAGGGCCUGGGCUUGCAGUUGGCGAGUGUGGAGACGAACGUUAGCAAGCUGGCCACCAAGCUGGACUCCCACAACAGCGCCCUCAAGACGCUGGCCGACCAGUUGGAGCUACACCAGAACUCCACUCUGUCGGCACUGCAGCAGCAGACGGCGGCGGUGUCAGAGGCUCUGGAGGCGCACAAGGCGCUGCAGGAGCGGGUUGACAGCCUCAGGCUGAGCGCAGCAGCGGGACCGGGGUCGGACGGGAAGGAGGGGACAGCCACGAGCACCUCAGCGGUGACGGCGGCGGCUUCAUCCGGUGGGACAGAGGCCGGCUCAGCAGCCGGCCCUGCUGGGACAGAGACAGGUCUGGCGGCCGGCAAUGUGUCUGCUCCACGUCGGAAUGCGCUCAAUAAGACCGAUGCUAACACGACCACCAGCAGCAACAGCACUACCGCUCCAGGGCCGGGGUCCCAGCAGUUGGCGGCGGCAACGGAUGUGGGCAGCGGCGGCGGCGUGUCAAACUGGACAGCCGCCAGCGGUGCGGCAGAUCGCGCGGAGGAUAUCUCCCAGUCGGGGCCCAAGGCUCCAGUCGCGAACGCUACCGGCGGUGCGGCUGGCAGUCAGACCCCGUCCAUCACAGCAGCGAGCAUGGAGCAGGACGACCAUCUGGUACGGGAACAUACGGCCCUUACGCUGGACGAGGAGGCCGAGGGCAAGACUGCGGCAAAAACUGAUACAAGCUCUUCCGGCAGCAGUGGGAGCAGCUCUGGCGGUGCGAACUCGACAGCCGCCAGUAGCACGCAAGGAGCUGGGGCUACUACCACUGUUGCGAGCCCGCUCCAGUACUCCAAUUCCAACAUCUGGACGGGCUGGUCCGGCCCCACCGCGGCGAACUCGGAUGCAUCGGCCGCCGGUUCCAACACGACCGCCGGCGCCACGCAGGCUGAUACCGCCGCUUCCACUUCUACUACUUCUGGCGGCAGUCAAGGUGCGGUAACCCCUAUGGCCGCGGAUACGGUGGAAGCGGUAGUGAACGGGAGCGCCAGUGCUGCUACAUCAUCUACAUCCACAUGGGCGGAAAAGGUCACUGAGGGGACCGUGGCGACAGGUGCGACCCAAGGCACUGCGGCCAGCAAUGGUACGGCAGCCCUGGACGAGCUACAUGCGCUGGUCGGUACUACUACUACUGCUAAUACCUCCUCGGACGACACGUCAGCUGCCGGCGGCAGCACCGGAACCGGGGACAGCAGCGCUGGACGUGGCGAGGCGGACGUGGCGAGUGCAGGUGGUGCUGGUGCCACCGGAGGGGGCGCUUCAGGGGCGGAGGAUGUGACUGGUGCUGAAAAGCAGGUGGACGGGCGUAUGGACAAGGAGCUGGCGCGGCGCGGACACGGCGAGGCAGAGCAAGGGCAAAUGAAGCAAAGCGCGGGAAGUCAGGUCGGUGGAGGCCGCAGCCGCUUCAGUCGCAUGCACGACCAUUUCACCAAGCAACAGCGGCUUGGGCAGCAGAGCGGUGCGGGUGCGAGCGGUGUUGAGCGGAACAGCAAAGUGGACUCGGCGGGCACUGACUCUACCGGCUUCACUAAGGAUAAGGCCAUUGCUGGCUUUGAGGCUGCAGAUGGCGAAGGGAAUGGGGUCACCGGCGGUGGUACGCGAGCCGAGGAGGAGCAGUCCGCCGCGCGAUGA